AUGCUCUUUACUGAAAUACCAAUGAAUUUGACAGCAUCCACAGAACUAUUUUUACCUUCGAGAAAAUGCUAUUGGGCCAUUUGGGCGCAUAUUGAACCUAAAGCUCUUCUCCCUCCAUGCCAUUCUUACACUUUACUGUUUCCAACUACUCUACGCUAUUCCCACCGUCGAUCAAUUGGAGUUUCUCGAGCAAAAAUGGACUCCAGCGAUGGAAGCACGGCGCCUGCUUCCAAAAUCAUCGAUUCGCAUCUCCACGUUUGGGCAUCUCCUGAAGAGGCUGCAGAUAAGUAUCCUUAUUUUCCUGGCCAAGAACCCACUUUGCCUGGACAUGUGGAUUUCCUGCUCCAGUGCAUGGAAGAAGCAGGAGUGGAUGGUGCCCUGAUUGUGCAGCCUAUUAAUCACAAAUUUGAUCAUUCUCUAGUCACAAGUGUUGUGAAGAAGUAUCCAACCAAGUUUGUUGGCUGCUGCAUUGCAAAUCCUGCUGAAGAUGGAGUUGGGAUUAACCAGCUCGAGCUGCUUGUUGUCGAGGAUGGUUAUCGUGCUGUUCGCUUUAAUCCAUAUCUGUGGCCUUCUGGCCAGAAGAUGACAAAUGAUGUUGGGAAGGCAUUGUUUCGUAGAGCUGGUGAGCUUGGAGUACCUGUUGGAUUCAUGUGUUUCAAGGGUCUUAAUCUCCAUAUCGCAGAAAUUGAAGAGCUCUGCACAGAGUUCCCCUCCACCCCAGUUCUGAUGGACCAUUUGGGUUUCUGCAAACCCCCAACAAACGACGAGGAAAGAGCUGCCCUCUCAAACCUGUUGCAGCUAUCCAGGUUCCCUCAGGUAUAUGUGAAAGUCAGCGCCUUAUUCAGGGUGUCUAGAACUCAGAGCCCAUACGAGGAUUUAUCAACCCUUGUGUCUCAAGUAGUGUCCAGUUUUGGCGCCAAACGUGUCAUGUGGGGAAGCGAUUUCCCAUAUGUAGUUCCUGAAUGUGGGUAUAAAGGAGCUAAAGAUGCAGUGUCCUGCUUAGCUAGUCAAGUGCCGCUGUCUGAUACAGAGAAAGAAUGGGUUAUGGGCAGGACAGUAAUGCAGCUUUUCCAGGGUCAAUGGAUUCCUUAG